AUGUAGCCAUGACUGUAGCUCGGAGAGGACGGCCUCUGCUACGACGCCACCACAGAGGAGGUGGGAGGGCCCAUGUUAGCGCCCCUGACAUGCCGGCCCCACCAAGCGGCAUAACGAGACGGGACGAGCGCCCACGACGCACUCCCAAACCCAACCCAAGGUCCAGCUGGCCUGAGUAGACCAAGUCAAGCUGAGGCGAGAGUACUUAAGUCCAAGCGAGGGGAAGACAGAGUAUCCAGGUGAAUCACGGCCAACCGGCGGCGGCAUCCUUCCUUCCUCUCUCCCCUGAUCCUCUUCUUUCUCCCUUGUAACCGUCUAUAAUCGAGACUACUCCUACAAUCUGGAACAUCUAAUAGCUAGUUGAGAGAUCCACACCGUGUACCUAACACCCAGUUUGGUAUCAGAGAUCCACCCGCGCGCGCUAGCGCAGUUCAUCGAAACUCGCCGCGUCCGACAAGCUCGGGCUCAAAUCGAGGCCAUGGAUCCCACCAUGAAGGAGUACAUGGAGAAGAUCACGUCCUCCAUGGAUGAGUUCUGCCUCGAGCUCUGCAAUAACACGGCGGCUGUCCACGCCAACACCGCCAAAAUCGACGAUCUGCUCUCGUGGCGGCCCGAUCUGUAGCAUCGGGUCGCUGAUCUUGGCAUUGCGGAGGCCAAUCAACAACAAGGGCGCGCGUGUGCGGCUGUGGCGCUCGGUGCGGCAUCCAUCGGGACCCUACGUCUCAAUCCCUCCAUCACAGGGGGCGGUGGCCUCACCGAUAUCGGUCCCAGCGUGCGUGAGGUGCCUCACGGGUCUGUGGACCAUGGCAACACCACUCUCCAUCGGGAGCAGGUGUUGUCCGCACCCGCCAGUACCACUCCCGGACACUGGAGAGAACACCAAAUUGUGGAAAACUCUAUGUGAACAAUAUUUUGCUAUGUUUGGAAUUCACCCCUCUUUUUGGGUGCCCAUGGCGUCACUCAACUUCACCGGAGCUGCAGCCAUUUGGUUGCAAUCGCUCCAUAACUGCCUCGCGGAAUUCGACUGGGAGGCAUUUACUACUCUGCUCUGCACUCGUUUUGGCCGGGAUAGGCACCGGUUUCUUAUCUGACACUUUUAGGCUUUGUUUGUUUCAUAAUUCCUAGAACUUUUUUAAGUUCCAACU